AUGAAGCGCUCACGAGAGCCGGAAGAGCAUAUAGAAUUCGAUCCUCAAGACGGGGACUCUCACCAUUCCGCGAACGCUGACGUUGAUCUCCAGCCUAUCUCGAAGAUUGCUGGGCUAGAUUCGGCUGUUGAAGACGAGGAUAACGAAUUCGUCAUGAGAUGCUCACUCCCCCCUCACAAAGAGCCGCUGGGCUUUCGGCUAUACAGCGAUUACGAGACUCAUUAUCACAAUUUUCAUACAAAUAGGUGUAUUGAAUGUCGCAAGAAUUUCCCAACUGAUCACCUCCUCAGUAUACAUAUUGAAGAAUGCCAUGAUCCCCUGGCAAGAGUCGCCAGGGAGAAGGGGGAACACACAUAUUCCUGCUUUGUUGAAGGGUGCGAUCGCAAGUGCAUGACUCCUCAGAAAAGGCGUCUACACCUCAUCGACAAGCACAUGUACCCAAAAAACUUCUUCUUUGCCGUCACAAAGGACGGAAUUGAUGGGAAGCGCUCUCUUCUCAUUGAGACCCGUCGAAGAAGAUCUUCAGCUGGCUCCCAGCCACAGGCCAAAGAGCUUCGGCGUCGCGCAAACACUUUGGAAAAGGAGGCAGUACCUUCCGACAACAAAUCACAAUCCACUUCGUCUUCCACUACGGCACCCAAUGGCCAAGUGGAGUCAGAGAAACCGGCAGAUACUGAGAUGGCAGAUCUUACUGGGGCCAUGUCAGCUCUACAAUUCGUCCCUCCAAGUAUCCGAUUUGGUCGGGGUCGAGCAGGAUUCUCAAAGAGAUGA